AUGAGGAGUUCGCUUGCAUUGCCGUCGCGGCGGCUUAUUCUCUCCUAUGUUCUCGACUGGGUCAUGAUUCUGGGCAUCGCAGCCGUGGGCGGCGGUUUCAACCGUGUUGGCCCCUACCAUCGACCGUUCUCCCUCAUGAACCUCGACAUCUCGUACCCGCACACACUGAAGGAGACAAUCCCGGUAUGGCUCCUCCUGGUCGUCGGAAUGGUCGUCCCGGGCAUCAUCGUACUCCUCGUCUGCCUGCUUUUCAUCCCGGGGCCAACCGCGAACCCGAGGACGCCGAAGACGCUCAUCUGGCGGCGCAAAUUCUGGGAGGCCAACACCGGGUUGAUGGGGCUCGGUCUUAGCCUUGCGACGGCAUUCUUGAUCACCGAGGGCAUGAAGAACCUCUUCGGCAAGCCGCGACCUGACCUGAUCUCGCGCUGCAACCCGGACCUGAGCAGGAUACAGGAAUUCACGGUCGGCGGAUACGGCCAACCGCUCUCGGAUAGAUGGGUGCUGGUUUCCUAUGGCAUUUGCCAGGAGACGGACAUGGAUAGAUUAGAUGAUGGCUUCAGAAGCUUUCCGAGCGGGCACUCUUCCUUCUCCUGGGCCGGUCUCCUCUACCUAACCCUCUUCCUCUGCGCCAAAUUCGCCGUCGCAAUCCCCUUCCUCCCACCACGGCCCUACUCGCAAGAAAAAGCCUACACAGCCCUCGAAGACGAACAGCGCUUCACCCUGCCGGCCUACACGAAGCACGACCGGCCGCUCUCCCCUCACAAAAGCACCGACACCUCCUCUACCCCGUCCGCCUCCGACACCUCGCCGCCAAUAAUCCCCGUGCGCAACCAAGCGGCCGCCCCGCCCGUCUGGACCCUCGUCAUCGCCCUGAUCCCCUUCGCGGCCGCCAUCUACAUCUCGAGCUCGCGCUUCUCCGACUUCCGCCACUUCGGCUUCGACAUCAUCUCCGGCAGCUUGAUCGGCAUCGUCUGCGCCUGGUUUUCCUUCCGCUGGUACCACCUCCCCAUCCGCACCGGCGCGGGCUGGAGCUGGGGCGCCAGGACCAGGGAUAGGGCGUUUGGCAUCGGCGUCGGCAUUGCGGGAUAUGUCGGCCCGGAGGGCUGGGGGAGCAGUAGGAUGAGGGGGGAUGAGGAGGAUGGGGUUGGGAGGAAUGGGGUGAGUGGCGUGAAUGGGGUCAAUGGCGGGGUGGAUGGCGCGAAUGGCAUGGCGCAUAGUACGAGCAUCAUCGGGCCGGGGCUUGAUGGCGCGGCGGAUGGGAGCGUGCAGAGGGAUGCGGUGGUUGAUCUGCCGGUGGGCAACGGGAGCAGGGUGUGA